AUGUUCUCAAAACCAGGCCUGGCCCUCACGUGUUUUGCACGUGUUUCGUUCUUCCUCUGCGCUCUAAUCCUAUCUUGCGCUUUCCAUGGAACAAGCUUAGAGAACCACGAAACCACGAUUCAGGACAUAGCUAGGAAGCUGAAGCUCCGUGACAACGACCUUCUUCGAACGGAGAAAAAGUUCAACAUUUUCAUGCAAAAUCACGGGAAGAAAUACGCCACCAGGGAAGAGUAUUUGCGCCGUUUGGGGAUUUUCGCCAAAAACAUGGUCAGAGCCGCAGAGCACCAGGCGCUGGACCCCACCGCCAUCCACGGCGUCACACAGUUCUCCGAUCUCACGGAGGAGGAGUUUGAGCGGUUAUACACCGGAGUGAACGGCGAGCUCCCGUGGAAUAACGGCGCCGGUGAUGAAGCGCCGGUAUUAGAGGUGGAUGGGCUGCCGGAGAAUUUUGAUUGGAGGGAUAAAGGAGCUGUUACUGAAGUUAAGAUGCAGGGUAGUUGUGGAUCAUGCUGGGCUUUCAGCACUACAGGAUCUAUAGAAGGAGCCAAUUUUAUUGCCACCGGAAAGCUACUCAGUCUCAGUGAGCAACAGCUCGUAGACUGUGACAACAAGUGUGACAUAACAGAACGUAGAUCCUGUGACAAUGGCUGUAAUGGAGGUCUUAUGACAAACGCCUAUAAUUAUUUGAUUGAGGCUGGUGGAUUGGAAGAAGAGUCUUCAUACCCCUACAGUGGGCAGAGAGGUGAAUGUAAGUUUGAUCCAGAGAAAAUAGCAGUUAGAAUCACAAAUUUCACCAAUAUCCCAGUGGAUGAGAAUCAAAUUGCUGCAUAUUUAGUCAACCAUGGUCCACUAGCAAUGGGCCUGAAUGCGAUUUUCAUGCAAACUUACAUUGGUGGUGUCUCAUGCCCUCUCAUCUGUGGCAAGAGAUGGCUCAAUCACGGUGUGUUACUUGUAGGAUAUGGUGCAAAAGGCUUCUCCAUUCUCAGGCUUGGUAACAAACCAUACUGGAUCAUCAAGAAUUCAUGGGGCAAAAAUUGGGGAGAACAUGGAUAUUACAGGCUUUGCCGAGGGCAUGGUAUGUGUGGAAUGAACACAAUGGUUUCUGCUGCAAUGGUGGCUCAAACACAAACGAUUGUAAACAAUUAUGCGUCCUAUUAG